UCUGUCACGCAGUACUGUGUGUCUCUGGAGUCACACACAAACACAACUCAACAGACAGGAAAACAGCCUGCACUUUUAAGGUCUGGCAUUACAACAAGAACAAUGGAAGAAUAGGCACUUUGAGUAUCUGUUUUGAAAAUCAAAAGGGAGGUGAUUUCUGAAAGACAAAGUAAAUAAUCUCCACGUUUAUAUGCUUGACAUGGGAAUGUAGUAUUGUUUAAGCCAGAGGAUAUCUUCUUCACAGACUCCCGGUACCUGAUCAGGUGAAGACAUACAUGUCAUCCAGUGUGUGUCUCCCAGAGGAGGAUCUCUCCUGUCCUGUGUGCUGUGACAUCUUCAGGGACCCUGUCCUCCUACCAUGUAGCCACAGCUUUUGUAAGACCUGCCUACAAUGCUACUGGAACACCUCAGCCCUCAGACAGUGCCCUGUCUGCAGGAGAAGAGCUUCCAAGCGCACCCCUCCCUCCAACCUGGCUCUGAAGAACCUCUGUGAAGCUUUGCAACAGGGCAGGAUUCAGAGCUCAGUCGAGGGGAACCGUGUACUUUGUAGUCUACAUGGAGAGAGACUCAGAUUCUUCUGUCUGGUGGACAAGCAGCCUGUCUGUGUAGUGUGCCAAGCCUCGGAAAUACACAAGAACCAUGACUGCGUACCCACAGAGAAGGCAGCACAGGAUUGCAAGGAUGAGCUCAACGUAGCACUGAAAACCUUACAGCAUACUCUGGACUCCCUCAUUAGACUGAAGGGAACCUCUGAAGAGAUGCUCGAGUCCAUUAAGAAUCAGGCCCUGGAGGCAGAGAGGCAGAUAAAGGAUCUGUUUGUGGAACUCCACCAGUUCCUGUAUGAGGAAGAGGCAGCGAGGCUAUCUGCUCUGAAGGAGGAGGAAGAGGAGAAGAUAGGGCUGAUGAAGAGUAUGGUGACAAAGGCUGCAGCAGGGAUGUUAUACCUCAAAGAGACUAUAACAGUCAUAACACAGGAGAUGUCUGAUGCUGAUGACAUGGCAUUGCUCCAGAAUUGUAAAGCCACUAUAGAGAGAGCCCAGUGCACAGGGCAGGGCCCGGAGAGGAUUUCAGGGGCGCUGAUUGAUGUGGCCAAGCACCUCUGUAACCUCAAGUACAGAGUCUGGAAGAAAAUGCUUCUGCAUGUUGAAUAUACUCCUGUGACCUUGGACCCAAACACAGCCCACCCCUGCCUCUUCCUGUCACAUGAGCUCACGUCCCUUCAGUACACCAGCCAGCCCCACCGUCUCCCUGACAACCCUGAACGCUUCCACAUGAGUGCAGAGGUCCUGGGCAUGACCGGGCUUAGCUCAGGAAGCCACAGCUGGGUAGUGGAUACAGGAUGUAACAACGACUGGAUUCUGGGUGUGGCCUGUACGUCUGUCACCAGGAAUGCGGAGGUCCAGGCCCGGCCAGAGAACGGGUUUUGGACCAUGUGUCUGCGAGACAGGGAGUACAGAGCGAUGACCUCACCCCCAACAGCCAUGACAGUCACAGAGAAACUCAAGAGGGUCAGAGUGCAGCUGGACUGGGACAAGGGUCAAGUGUCUUUCUUUGACCCUGCUGAUGACGAUACACCCCUUUACUCUUUCUCACACAAGUUCACAGAGAAAGUGUUUCCGUAUUUUUAUACGCAAAGCAAACACCCUCUGAGAAUCCUACCUGAGAGGAUGUGUGUUACAGUGCAACAGAGUGGGACAGGACAUCCCUGUACAGUUCCCGACUGAUCAUUUUUUACAAUAAAUUAAUUUCUGUCAACCCACAAA